UAUUUGUCUACAAUCAGCAAAGCCUUUUGCUGCAGCCGUGUCUAAAGAUAGUUGGAUCAUCAGCGCCCAAAGCUGCGUCAUCUUAAAUCAAGAUUCACACAACCGGACAGGUUCGGCGACCAUGGAUGAGCAUGAAGGGGUGAACUCAGUGGCUGCUAGUGAGACUGAGCCCGCCAGUGGAGAAACCCUAAUAAGGAAUUUGGAGCAGGGUGGAGAUGAAAGUGAUAUAAUGGUUGAGGUGAAGGGGUCUGAUGUGUUUGUUGAUGGGGAUUGCUUGAAGAAGGUGGAUUCAGAAUCCAAGACUGAAGAUUUGGAUGCUGGGGGUGAUGAUCUUGGAGCAAAGGAGGUCCAAGAUGAUGCUCAUUUGUCAGGUGAUGAAGGGAAGAAGACUGAAACUGGAGUUGAAGAUCUUCAAGAUGUUUCAGGAGGGGCAGCCCGGGGGGAUGUCGUUGAAAUGGAGUGUGUUGAGGCAGUGAACGAACAAUCUCUCGUUGCAGAGAAACUCGGGGAUGAGGAUACUGAAAAAGGAGUUGAAGGGGGUGAGUUGGCAUCUACGGGUGUUGAGUCAGAUGUUUCAGUAUCGAAUCCCAGGAAUGAAACUGCAAACGAGCCAGAAUCGAAGAGCUCAGAGAACAAACCUGUUACUGAAAAUGCUGCAUCGAUUCCAGUUUCAAGUACUAAAGAUGAAGUGGUUCCAAUAGAAGAGACCAGUACAAAAGAUGAAGCAAUUCCAAGAGAAGAGACAAGUACUAAAGACGAAACUCUGCAUGAUUCUGUUCCAGAUGCUAUCGUUUCUUCUUCAGAAAACGAUCAAGGUUUAGGGAAUUCAACUGUUUGCGAGGGGGUUGAUAAAGAACGUCCUACUGAGUCAGAGAAUUCACCGAGCCAAUUACCUCUCAAAGAUGAUCCUUUGAUGCCGAGAGAAGAGGGAACAGGUUCCAAAGAUGAAGCUAUGCAUGGAGUAUCAUCUUCAGAGAACGAUCAACCUUUAGUGAACCGAACUAUUCUCAAUAAGGCUGAUACAGAUUGUUCUAGUCAUGACAACAAUAAAAUUUCAGAUUGCCCUUCUGAGCCAAGGAGCCCGCCAAGCGAAAUUGUUAGAGAAGAUGCUACUUUGAUGCCCGGAGAAGAAGAUACUAAUUUUAAAGACAAAGAUACGCCUGUUGAAGAUUCCGGGCUAUCUUCUCUGGAGAAUGAUCAGAGUUUAGCGACUCAUGAAACUGACAAGAAGUCAGAUAGUCUCGUUGAAGCUGCCACCAAAAGGGAAAUUGGAGAGGUCAAUAAAGAUGAGAUUUUUCACUCAAAGGCGGAAUCCAUGGAAAAUAUUGUUGAUAAUAAAAACUCACCUCAUAAUGACUCGGGUUUGCAAGUAGAUGGCGAGAAGCAUACUGCAAUUUGUGAUACGGUAGUUGCAGGUUCCCAAUCUCCCGAUGAGCGGGCUGAUGCUAGUGAUGGUUGUGGAGCUCGAGAAGUUGAUAACCCUAAUUGUGGAGUCCUCGAUGAAUCUGAGUCUGACAAGAUAGCUCCAACAUCUGCUGAUAAUGAUGUGAAAGAUAGUUCAGAAGUCUUGUCAGAUCAGCCACCUUCAACAGAAUCUGGAAUCAAUAAUAUUAGCGGUGAAGAUUCAGAGCUAUCCCAUGCAAAAUGUAAUAGCCUCGAGAAAGGAGAUGCGAUGGAAGUGGAGGUCGAGGGGGUACUAGAUUCUGAAAAUCGAACUAGUAUUCACUGCUCGGAGAAUGAUAUAACCUUAGAAACCUCCAACAACACAGUAUGCCCAGCUGAUGUUAACGAGGAUAAGUUAGAUGUUACUAAUGCAACUAACUUGGGCCCCGCAAAAGACUCCGAUGUUGUUGUUCAGACUGAUGCAAUGGAUAUUGACGAGGAUAAGUUGGGCCCGCCAAAAGACUCUGAUAUUGUACAGACAGAUUCAGUGCCAACAGAUGAUGAGAAUGCGGGUCUCGUUAAUAAAGGGAAUCAGGCAGGAAACGAAUGCACUACUGAUACCGAGAUGAUAGAUGACCAGAUUGUCGAUAAUUCCACAUUUGAAUUCAUCGACGAUGGGUUUUGGCAAGAAGAUGAAGGAAGAAACGCGAUGCCUAGAGGAGACCAGGCAAGGAGUGAAGGCACUCCCGAGAUGGGUUCUGUUCAAUCCCGUGGUCAAACUGGCAAUCAGAUGAGUUCCCAGUCUACCUCGAAUGAAGAGGCAGUUAUGCAACAAAAUAUAGUACUUACACCCGAGGUAGAUCAUGGCCAAAGCACGGUAAUGACAACCGUUGCUGAAGAACAAGUCGAAGGAACUGGUAUAGGAGUCUCUGGUGUUGAAGGUGCUAAUGAGGUGAUCGGGCAAGCAAUUGAGAUGGAAAAUGCAUCACUCGAGACAAACGUUGAUGGUUUCUUGGACGCCCGUGUUCCCGAAACAACGGUUGUAGAUGAACAACGGGAAGAAGAAAACGAGAAGCUUCGUUCCGAUGAUAUUGGAGAACAAAGAGAAAUUCGAGAGAAUGCUUCUCAAACCGACCAGUCAUUGGUGUUGGAUGUGAAGGCAACAAAGCCCGCAAACUUUCCAAACAUAUAUCCCGGUUUUCUACUUCCUCCAGAAAAGUCGGGAAAGUUCACAGUUUCCGAUUUGGUCUGGGGGAAGGUCAGAAGCCAUCCGUGGUGGCCGGGACAGAUUUUUGAUCCAGCAGAUGCAUCGGAGAAGGCCGUUAGAUAUUACAAGAAGGGCUGCUUUUUGGUAGCUUAUUUCGGGGACCGAACUUUUGCUUGGAACGAUGCAACUGUUCUGAAGCCAUUUUGGUCUCACUUCUCCCAGAUUGAGAAGCAGACUAACUCGGAAAUGUUUCAAAAUGCAGUAAGGGGUGCCUUGGAAGAGGUUUCGAGACGGAUAGAGUUAGGCCUCGCCUGUUCUUGCAUACCCAAAUCUUCUUAUAACAAGAUCGCGUGCCAGGUUGUUGAGAAUACCGGUAUACGUGAAGAAUCGAGCCGAAGAUAUGGUGUGGACAAAUCUACGGGAGUGAAGUCAUUUGCGCCCGAUAAGGUCUUGCAUUUCUUGAGAGGAGUGGCACGGUCGCCUACUUGUGGGGCCGAUCAGUUGGAUAUUGUUAUUGCUCGUGCUCAGUUAUUGGCAUAUUCUUGUUUCAAGGGAUGUGGGGAGCUCUCGGGAUUCUUGUCGGGUGGAGAGCUAUUGGAAAACGAUGACGAGGGAAUCACGGUGAACAACAAGGCUCCCUCUCAUAAACGUAAGCACAAUUUGAAAGACAGCUUGCCGCCUAUGAAGAAAGAGAGACGAAUGUCGGAGAUAAUGGGGAACUCGGAAUUAGACGACACUCUUGCAGAUGGAUCGGACCGGACGAAGAGCGUUUAUACUGCAAAAGUGUCGGGUUCAACACCGGUAACUCCUAAUCCCCCGCCUUUCAAGAUUGGCGAACGGAUCCUGAGAGCUGCAAGCCACUUAAAAGGCGACGGUGCUCAACCCGAGGCCGCUAGCUCUCCCGCCUCGCAGAACCCACCGAAGGAAAAAGUGGCGGUCCCGUCAGAGCUCCCGACUAUUGACGAGCUGUUCUCGCAGCUCCAGUUGGUGGCGCAGGCUCCGAUGGGAGAUUAUAGCUUUUUGAAUACUUUUAUUCAUUGCAUUUUAGAUCUUAGAUACCCGAAGCACUCCGAGUUGCACAAUUCAUCUGCUGGGAGGCCGGUGGCUGGGAGAAAGAGGCGAGCAUCUCAGGCACCCGACGGGGCAGCCGAAGAUUUUGAAUUCGAUGAUAUAAACGACUCGUAUUGGACCGACCGGAUAGUUCAAAACUAUUCCGAGGAGCAGCUCCUGCAGAAUGGCGAGAACGGGAGAGAGGAAAUUCCGCUUUCGCCCUUCGAUUCGUCGGAAAAAGUUCACAAGGCGACCCGACGUUCAUACUCUAGGAAACGAUAUUCCAUUGGUAAUAAUGAAAUGGGGGGAGAUGAAUGCAACGAGGAAGCUGAGAAAAGGAAGCUCGAGCCAGCAGAGCUUAUCUUAAAUUUUGGAGAGGGCAAUCGGCUCCCUACCGAAAUGAGCCUUAAUAAGACAUUUAGACGGUUUGGACCUCUAAAGGAAUUAGAGACCGAAGUUCAUCCCGAUUGUGCCCGUGCCCGAGUGGUCUUCAAGCGGGGAUCUGAUGCAGAAGUUGCUUUUAGCAGUGCCGGCAAGUUCAAUAUAUUCGGGUCUAUGCAAGUGAACUACGAGCUCAACUAUACACCCGUUAUCUCGGUUAGACCACUGCUCCUUUCAAUACCCCAGGGCCAAGAAGAAGCGAUUUGAUCAGCAACUAUAAUAGUAUCAUAGUUCAGCCAAGAGAAGAUCGAGAAGAUGGAGCAUUCAAUGAUAAAGCCAUAGCCAUGCAAUCAUUAGCAAAAGAGGACAGCAAAGUAGAAGGUAACCAACCAGACUUCAAUUCAUCUAAUUAGAACAAAGAGAUGAAAAACGAAAAAAAGAUGUUCACUUUCCUGUAGAAUCUGCAAAAUGUUUCAUGUAGAGUGGUGUAUUUUUCUACCGUGAAUUCUGUUAGAUGCUUUUUUAAUCAGUCAACUUAGGACUCUCGUCGCCUUUUCUCCAUUUCUGUAUAUAUUUGAUUUGAUGAAGCUUCUUUGCCUCCUUUGUGAUCUUGUUGGCUCAAAUAUGGAGAACUUCAUUCUUCU